AUGAAGAUAUCGCUGUGUUGUAAGCCAGUGCAAUGUCUGAUAUAUCGUUUUGCAUCCGAGAGCAAUCAAAAAUGUAGGAAAGAGUUACUUCCAUUCGAACAGCGUUUUCAGGAGGUGGCAGCCGAAUUGCGUACCAAACAAACUUUUCUAAAUGUUAUCGAUAAUUUUUGUAAAAAACAAAUACAUGCUCGAGGACACGUGGAGUUUAUAAAUUCGGCACUAAAAUAUAUGAAGGAAUACGGGUUACAGAAGGAUCUGGAUAUUUAUAAAUCGUUGCUCAAUGUAUUUCCGAAAGGACCAAUGAUACCUAAGAAUGUUUUUCAGCGAAGAUUUCUAUAUUAUCCUCAACAGCAGAUAUGUUGCACCAAACUUCUCGAUGAAAUGGAAUGGUUUGGAGUGCAGCCUGACAAAGAAAUCCAUGAUUUAGUUGUUAACGCUUUUGGUGAAUGGAAUUAUGCCACGAAAAAAGUGAAGCGCAUGAUGUAUUGGAUGCCAAAAUUGAAACAUUCGAAUACCUAUUUGGAUCGUCGAAAAAUUGAGGGCAAAAAGCUGAGUGCUGUAGAUCUUGGUUACUUAGUAUUAAAAAUGAUAUCACGUGACCCAAAUACACGGAUAACACUUGUUGGGAUUAAUGACAUAGAGUUAAAUGAAUCGGAUAGAUGGUUGUUAUCUGCUCAAAGUCAUCUUCAAAAGAAAUUGUUGCAAGGUUUGGAAAAAAAUACUACGUUGUAUGUGGAUGGACCUAAUAAAGUGUAUUUAAUGGAUAAAUGUAUUGAGUACGUUGUUCUUUCUAGUGAUCCGAAAUCUCAAUGCUAUGAAAAGUAUGAGGUGGAUGAGCUGGAUGAAGACUUUGAAAACUGGAAGAGCGAGUGGGAUGGAGGAUAUGAAAAAUGUCCAGAAUGCAGUAUCCAUGAACAAGAGCAUGAAACAGUUCUGGCCCUUUCAGUUUUUGGUAAAGUUUGUCAGGACACCGCAGUUGCUUGGAUCACUCAUUUGCAGGAAAAGAAUCCAACUCUACUUAAUGCCCGGAUUUUAUUCCGAACGAAACAAGCUAGUAAAAUAUUGAUAACACAAUUAUCUUGA